AUGUCAUCCCGUCGGAGCCGCACCACCGUGUACAUUAGUGAUCGUGAGCUGCCCGAGAGGUUCCGAGAGUUGACCGCGGAAGGUAUGGACACCGAUACUCGCCUGAGAUAUCUGAAUCAGAAAAUCAAUCAAGUAAUCCAAGUCUGUAACACAGAAGCCAGACAGUUUCAUCUUGACAUCGAAGCCGUCGAGGAAAGGAUCAAUGGCUUGUUGCGAAUCAUUGAAAGCCGUGGGAUGGUCGGUGUUCCCAAUGCGGGAGAAGCUGCUAGUGUUGAUCAGGAGGAGGCAGACGUUGCGUUACCUGCCGCAGCGGAAGAAGAUCCGAUGGAUGUCGAUCACACAAUUGAACCCCACUUGCCGAACGAAGGCGCGGCCCCUGAAGCAAAUGACCCCGAUACUGAACCAAUUCCCGACAACAUCGAACCAUUGCACGGCUUGGUCGCAGCAAUGAAGACUAGUAUUGCUCGAGCUGUGCUAUCUACGAUGUUCAACUCUGAACUUUUGGGUCGUAUCACCGAGGAAGAAAAGGCGAGGCUGCUGAGUGCUGCUGGGAUUCCACGGGAGGAGCUUUCUGCAUUCUGGAGUCUGCUUGGGACUGAACAACAAGCAAGGGCGGACUCCGACGAGAAUUUUUGGCUGCAGGUGGACAAAUACCGGAGGCGGUUUAUCAUUGAGCAGCAGCAGCUGGCGGAUGAAGUGGGCGGGCCAAUCAAUGAUCCUGUGCAGGGAGACAAUGAUAAUCCAGUGGAGCCGGCCGUCAUGGAUCGGGAUGCGGAUGAUGAUCGAGUGGAGCGCGCUGUCGUGGAUUGGGUGGAGGACGAUGAUCCAGUGGAGCCGGCCGUCAUGGAUCGGGAUGCGGAUGAUGGUCGAGUGGAGCCGCCCAGAACCAUCCGAGGGGCCAGGCGAACAGUUCGGCGGGCCGAAGCGAGGAUUGCAAGUGCGGCGCAAUUACUAGCCCUGCGUGACUCCGAGCUUUUGAGGACUUUCUAUGAUGAGGAAGAAGACAACCAAGCCGAACACCGCCGCAUUCAAGAAGCAUGGUACGCCAACCGUGAAGUGAGAAUGCGAUGGGAAGGAGCAGAUUUCUCAGAGGAUUGGGCGGAUGUGGUUGAGGAGGGGGAAGGGUAUGAAGAUUAUAUGAACAGAAUUACCGGCCUCUUGGAACUUUGUGAUAUGGCCGAAGAGGCUGCUCGACGGGACACGGAGGCGCUUCGUGAUCCACCCACGCUGCGAGUCCAUUCACCACCUCAUGAGGCAAGUCCCCCUCCUGAGUCAAUCGAGCGUAGCGAGGCAGAGGCAAGUUCGGCCCCUCCUGAGUCAAUUGAGCGUAGCGAGGCAGAGGCAAGUUCGGAGGCUUCUGAGAAAACCGAGCUUAGCCAAGCAGAUGGUGCGGAGGAGGAUUGGGUCGACGCGGCUGAGGAACGAGUUAUCACGGCUGAGGAACAAGAUUUCAAUGCGGUUGUUGCUAGGAUUAAGCAAAACGUUGACGACUCCGAGCCUGUUGCUGGUCCCUCAAGCAAGCGCGCCAGGUUGGACUGA